GUCACGUAAUUGUAAACCGAACCAUAGACAAAACGACCUCACCCUCUACGUGCCGUCUCGUACUAUCUCGUCUCCAUAGUUCUACCCGUGUUAUGUCCCCUCACCGGAGUUAAUAUUAAAAACCACCGCCAUCUGACCCAAUCAACAGACACCUUCACCACAACAUCACCACCCAUCUUCUCUCUCCAACGUCUCCCUCUCCUGCUUCAAGAGAGACAACACACGAUCACCACCACGCACCUCCAUCAAUCCGCUGCCAUACCAUCACCAGCUUCGACAUCAACUCUUCCCACAGCCACGAUCCAGUACCGGUAGCAUCUCCAAACAGCUAUCAAGUCUCUUUGGGGUCAAACCAACCAGGUUUCACGAAGGCUGUUGAGUUGGUUAAGGCUAUCAGAGUCGGUCUUAGGAGUUUUUAAUGUUUUCAACAGGCAUGUCACCUAGUUCAAGCGCUGCUGCAGUCAGCGGGGCCACACUGGAGGACCACUUCUGGCAACCAACAGCCGAGGAAUCAUCAUCGUCAACUAAUGAGGCAUUUCCCUUCUCCUCUGGAAACCCUAGGAUCGAAGAGACACGAGGCGUUAUGCACCUUUUCUCCAACAAUGGCAUUUCAGAUCUCCCUGUCGAAAGGAAACCUCUAGUGGCAGUGGUUGGAGUGCCAAACCACAUGACUUAUGCUGACUUCUGCCAGUUUUGUGCUUCUUUCAUUCACCACAUUCUGGAGAUGCGAAUUGUUAGGUUAGAUGGAAUGGAGGAUCGUUAUAGUAUUCUUAUAAGAUUUGAUACUCAAGACUCCACUGAUAAAUUCUAUCUUCAUUUUAAUGGUAGACAAUUCAAUUCUUUGGAGGAGGAAGUUUGCCGGGUGCUUUUCACUGUUGAUGUCCAGUUCACUGGUUACAGUGGUUCACUUGAACACACAAAGCCAUCUCCAACAAGCACAACUGAGCAGCCUUCUUGUCCAGUUUGUCUUGAGAGGCUAGACCAAGACAUGGGUGGAAUUCUCACAACUAUAUGUAAUCAUUCUUUCCACUGCUCUUGCAUUUCAAAAUGGACUGAUUCUUCUUGUCCGGUUUGCCGAUAUUGCCAGCAACAACCUGAGAAAUCAAUUUGUUUUGUAUGUCAAACUUCUGAGAAUCUAUGGAUUUGUGUUUUAUGUGGUUUUGUUGGCUGUGGCAGGUAUAAAGGAGGACAUGCUAUACGACAUUGGAAAGAAACACAACACUGUUAUUCACUUGAAUUGGACACACAGCGUGUUUGGGAUUAUGUUGGUGACAAUUAUGUUCACCGACUGAUUCAAUCAAAAACUGAUGGGAAGUUAGUUGAGUUGAAUUCCCACUGUGUGCAUGCUUAUGAUGGUUGUGGAGGUUGUGAGUGUGCAGACUCUGGAGUUAGCGAGGCUCUUUUGAAAAGCAAAGUUGAAGCAAUUGUCAAUGAGUACAAUGAACUCCUUGCCACCCAGCUUGAGAACCAAAAGCUUUAUUUUGAUACUUUGCUCGAAGAAGUCAAAGAAGAAACUGAAAGAGAAAUUUCUGAAGCUGUUAAGAAGGCUAUUGCUCAAAAACUGCAGAAGUUGCAGGCCAAGCUGGAUAGAUGUAUAAAAGAGAAGAAGUUUCUUGAUGAUCUCAAUGAGAAUCUAGUGAAAAAUCAGGAGAUAUGGAAAGCAAAGAUAUCGGAAAUCGAAGAGAGGGAGAAAAUGGCUUUGAAAAUAAAGGACGAUAAAAUUCAGGACUUGGAAGAACAGCUUAGGGACUUGAUGAUGUCCCUCGAAGCAGGGAAGAAAGUGGAGCAGCAGCUAUCUAUACCAAAUGAAUUGAAGGAUGGAACUGUAUUACCAAUAUCAGUGGAAUCGUCUUCAGGGAAGGGUCCCAAGGGACGCAAAAAGGCUAAUAACCCAAGAGAGAGCUAAUGAUGGGGGAAUUUGUAAGUAUCAACUUGGCUUUUUAUGUUUCAUGUCAAUCCUCUGAUUUUGCUAGUUUAGGGCUCCACAUUGGACCAGGCCUGGCCAUUGUAGUGCAAGCCUUCAUGUGCAGUCCUGCUGUCCUAAUUUGCUAUCCGCAGCAUAAUUACUUGUGGCAAAACUAGAAUAAAUGGGUUUGUAUAGCUUGUGAAUGUGGAUUUGGAGGUCAAAAUAUGUGAAAUAGUGCUAUUAACAGCAAUUUUAUUUUUUAA